UCAUUCGUAAAUUAUUUUUUACAUACACUUUGUUAUUUUUAUAUUUAUUAAAUUAACUAGGGUGUGAUCGUAAUUUUUAUUAACAAUAUUUAUCAACAAUGGCAACUGUGCACCGUGAAGCUUUUCAGAAACAAAUUCAACAAGACUGGGCAAAUCGUGAAUACAUUGAAGUUAUUACUGGGAGUAUUAAAAAAAUUACAGACUUUCUCAAUUCAUUUGACAUGUCAUGUAGGUCGCGUCUCGCUGUUUUAAAUGAAAAACUCACUACUUUGGAGCGUAGAAUCGAGUAUCUUGAAGCUUGCGUAACAAAAGGAGAAACACUGACAUAAAUACUUAAAGAAGUAACCCAUCAGUAUUAAAAAUUAAACAAUCAUGACCAUUAUGUAAAUAACACACCAAUAAAAAAAUACUCUCUAUAA